AUGAAGUUGCUUACACUCCUUCUUUCAGCUUUGACCAGCCAAGUGGCUGGUCUAGCAUCUACAGAUACCAUCACUUGGGGCGGUGAUAACUCGCGAACAGGAUACCAAACAAACCAUAACAUGGAUCCUGCGAUAGUUGGAAGUCCCCAAUUCGACAUUGUCUUCAAAACAGCCUUGCCAGGCCGCUACAUCAACGCUGCCGAACAAAUCUUCUCGCAACCGCUCGUCUACACUCCUUCAAACGGCACAACGCAAUAUGUUUACCUCGCUACCACGCAAAACAACAUUUAUAAACUCGACGCCAAAACGGGUGUUAUCUUGGCUUCGCGCAACAUAGGCAUUCCUUUCCUUACAGCUGAUCUGGAUGGUUGUGUGGAUGUUAAUCCUACCGUUGGUGUUACUGCUACUGGUGUUAUUGAUCCUGACACUGAUACAUGGUAUCUCACGUCCAAGACAUACGUUGAUCAGAAUUAUGGACCGAAACCACAGGGACGACCGGCUGGACGAUACAAGUUUCAUGCCAUCAACGUAAACGAUCUCUCAGAACGCUCUGGCUUCCCCGUCGAUCUCGAAGGAACUAUCGCGAGGAACAAUCCCGAGCGAAUGUUCACCGGCGGUAUCCAUCACCAACGUCCAGGUCUGUUACAUACAGGCCAGUUUGUAUACGCUGGCUUCGCCUCGCAUUGUGUGCAAUACAACUUCACAGGCUGGAUAAUGGGCUGGGACAAAACCACCGGCGCAAUCGUCGAGCGCUGGGCUUCUGAAGGACAAGGCGUGAGCAGUAACAUCUCCGGUGCAGGAAUCUGGCAAUCGGGUGGUGGAUUGGCAUCCGACGACGCAGGAUCCAUGUUCUUCGCCACAGGCAACGGCUACGCAUCCCAACUGUCCACCAUUCCAGUAAAUGGCUUCACGCCUCCUACUGCCAUGGAACAAGCAGCCGUACACAUGUCGAUCAACAGCGACGGAACACUUUCUGUGGUAGAUUUCUUCAUGCCCUUUGAAAAACAAGAACUUGACGGCGCGGAUAAAGAUCUAGGAACAAGUCCUCUUGAGAUUCUGCCGAGUCAAUUCUCAUGUGGUGAUGUCAAACGCAUGGGUAUCGUGACUGGAAAGUCUGGAAAGACGUAUUGGCUUAAUCUUGAUGAUCUGGGCGGUUAUCGGAAUGGAGCCAAUUUGAAAGAUCGUGUUAUUCAGACUUUUCAGAAUGAGAAUUCUGUUUAUGCGGGGGCUGGUGUAUAUCCUCUUGAAGGAGGGUAUAUCUAUAUCAAUGUCAUCCAAUAUCCUACGCACGUCUUCAAAUUCUCCUGUCUAAACGGCAAUCCCUACUUUACAAAAGUAGCAGACAGUCCAACGAACAACGCCUACAUUCUCGGCGUAAGCCACGGAACAACCACCUCUCUCAACGGCCAAGAAGGAACAGGUCUUCUCUGGGUCUCCGAUGUUCAGAACACCAACUUUAAGAUCUACGAUGCAGUUCCUCAGAAUGGAUAUCUCAACGUCAUUCGCAACUUUACGAUUGUCGGCAUUACAAAGUUCAGCAGACCUGUCUUUGGUGAUGGGAUGGCGUACAUCGGUACUACUGUUGGUUACUUCUACGGUCUUGGUUCGACGAACAAAUCGCCGUUGAACUGUACUGCUUCCGUGGACUUUGGGACUACGGAUUUGCAGAAUGCUACUUUUCCACAAGUUGUGAAUUGUACGGCUUUGUUUGAUCUUUCUGUUACGAACAUUAGUCUUGCGGAUGCGACGAACUACGGCAUCACCAAGACACCCUCCCUUCCUCUGUCAAUGUCUAAGGGAGAUAGUCUUCAAUUCUCAGCGCAGUUCUCACCCAAGAGUGUUGGAAGAUUGGGUGGCACAGUCAACAUUGUCACUUCUGGUGUUGCGGAUGCGUCGUAUAGCAAGACUACCAAGGUCCGCUUUACGGGUGUUGGCUCAAGCUCAGGUGCUUUGUUGGACGUUAGUCCCAAAUCUGUUGUUUUCACAGGUCUUGUUAGUGGUUCGACCGCUGAUAAGCAAACCAUUCUGAUCGGAAACGACGGUACCAAAUCUCUCCAAGUCUCGUCUGUUCUGUACACGAAUUCCUCUUCGUCUGGACCAUUUACCACAUGGUCAGGCUCAGGCAGCCUUACAGUCGGAAAGUUCACACUCUCUGGUAUUCCUAGCUCUGUCAGUGGAGGUAGCGAUACAGCGAUCACUGUCAUUCCUGAUACUUCUGCUUCUGGAAACUUUACUGCUUGGGUCAAGUUCGUCACCACAGGCGGUAACGCAACCGUUUCGCUGUCCGCAUCAGCAGGUGAUCCUCCUACCGCGCUUCUCGAAUUCCAAACACCCGAUGGCAACAGCUGGGUCAAAUACGAUCCCAACACUCCCUUCACAUUCGGCAACGUCACAGAGAAUACUUCCAAGUCUCUGCGCUUCCGAAUCAGCAAUACCGCUGCACCAGGAGGUGUCAAACUCGGUCUCACUGUCUCCAAACCUCCCUUCGGCGUGCCUGGGAUCGUUAGGUCAGCUAAUCAAGUUGACUUGGCCGAAGGUACUCUGAUCGCACCAGGCAAAAGUCAAACAGCGACUCUAACAUGCAACGUCCCCAAAUCCCAAUGGAACGUCCCUGCAUAUAAUGGCACUGCACAGUGGACUAUCAACACCAACGAUCCAACAUGGAGUUUCGAAAAGCGCGCAAUCCAAUUCUUCUGCAACGCCGUCUCGGAACAGGCCGCUCCUCUCCUUCCCAACGGUCAAGGCCAGUAUCAGUAUGUGGGUUGCUUCAAGGAGAAUAACCCCGGCCGUCAACUCUCCAAUCUUUUAUAUGCGAACGGCUCCAACACCAAUGAAAUGUGCAUCAACACCUGCGGCUCCGAAGGUUUAACAUUCUGCGGUACACAGUAUCGCAGUGAGUGCUGGGCCGGCAAUAAAAUUCCCAAGGAGAAGGUCGACGAUGCGAACUGCAACUUUGACUGCGCGGGAAGUUUGGCGCAGUACUGUGGUGGAAAUGGUGUUGAUGGAAGUGGUUCAUAUAUCAGUCUUUUCGCCGAUACACUCCAAUGGGAUGGAAGUCUCAGCGAUUCAUCUUCAUCUGGUGGCAGCACAAACACUCCUCAAGGACCAUUCGUCAAUCCUGGCGUUGAUGGAUACACCAGUAUUGGAUGCUACACCGAAGCAACAGCUGGAAGAGCACUGCCCAAUGGACGGGGCGUUAGUUCGCCUACUGUGCAGAACUGUGUAGAUGCUUGUAAGGCUGAGAGUUUUGUCUACGCGGGUGUUGAGUAUGGUGGAGAGUGUUACUGUGGCAAUUCGUUUACCGAUGGAGCUGUUCCUGCUCCCAUUACUGAUUGUGGCAUGACUUGUAACGGAAAUGGGAGUGAGUACUGUGGUGGGCCUAAUCGUCUCAACGUUUAUCAGGUCAACUCUGCUUACAGCGCUACUCUGUCGAGCUCGUUAUCCACCUCUUCCACCACCGGCAGUACUUCCUCUUCCACUUCAACGUCGACCUCUACUUCUUUGCUUAUCCCUGGUUCGGUUUCAACUUCCAGCUCCACAAGUACCAGCACCAGUUCGACUACCAGCUCAAGCUCUACGAGUAGCUCGUCCUCGACUUCUACUUCUACCAGCACAUCUACAAGCUCCACGAGUACGAGCUCCACAUCUACCUCGACGAGCUCUACUCAGACGAUGAGUAGCUCAGUCAGUGUAAACGGAAACGUGGCCGGUGGUGCAAACGCUGUCUCCACAUCUAUGUCUGACAGCUCUACUUCAAGCAGCAGUUUGGUCAGCACGUCGACCUCAAGCGGUACUAGUACUACCUCUCAAUCCACGACCUCGACGACUUCGAGCUCGGUCGCUACGACUACUUCGACGACCACGUCUAGUACAUCGACUACUAGCUCGAGUAGUUCGUCGUCAUGGACGACCUUCUCUACUGGCUCUCCAGUUAGCAGUCGCUCUACAGCCUCUACUACGACUUCUACCACGUCGAGCGCAGUGGUUCAGAACCCACCUUUGCCCAACACUGCUUCCACCAUUGGUCUCUCCAACCCGGGUUCGUCAGUGAUGGUAGUGUCUGGCACGACGAUAGCUGUUGUCACUCGUCCCACGUCGACUAGUAGCUCAGUGGCUGUCCCUUCAUCGAGUGUUGGUUCGUCGAUCGUGUCUGCGCCAGGUGUUCCCUCAUCAAUCGUGCAAUCCUCUAUUGUCGCUCCAUCAAGUGCCCCAUCAUCUGUCAUUCCUGCCCUGAGCACUCAAGCAGGAGUCCCAGUUCCUGGCUCAACUGGUACUACUCGAACGACAUCUACCACGUCGUCCACCUCAUCAACUUCAAGCUCAACAUCAACAACAUCCCGCGCCACAACGACAAUCACAACUAGCUCAACCACCAGCUCUUCCAAGACAACAACUUCUACCAAACCCACCACACCAUCCAUCUCCGACACAAUCGGAACAUGGCAAUUCCAAGGCUGCUACGCUGAACCCUUCCUCAUCCGCGCCCUAACAGCCAAAUACACAACGGCCGACGACAUGACUCUCGAAUCAUGCGCCGCCUUCUGCAAAGGCUACACUUACUUCGGCGCCGAAAACGGCCGCGAAUGUUCAUGUGGUAACACCCUCACCUUCGGCACCUACCAAGCCUUCAACCAAAAGGACUGCUCCUCGACCUGCGCAGGCGACAAGUCCCAAUUCUGCGGCGGCUCACAACGUCUCCAACUUUACAAAGCCGGCAAAGCACCCCGAAGCUUCACAAGCUACUCCUGCGUCAGCGAGCCCUUCCUAGGCCGUCUCCUCCCCGAACUAGUCCUCACAGACUUUCGGUCAAUGACAGUCGAUACGUGUCUCGACAAAUGCAGCAGCUACAAAUACGCCGGCGUGGAAAACGGUCGGGAUUGUUAUUGUGGUAAUGCGAUUAAUUGGCAGGGUAUGUUUAACACGGGCAAGAAUGUGAGCAUCGAAGACGGCAUGCAAAGGGUCUCUUGA